AGAAACGUCGCACCUACGCACUCCCCCUCCGGCCUGGCCUUAAUUAUAACACAUCCUCAGCUCUCUCCCGCCCCAGAUCUUCAGCUGCCUCCUCCCUCUGCCGCCGCGUACCCCACCGGCGGCCUUCUCUAGUUUCUUUUAGUACCCGCGCGACCGUGGCGUCCAACACCAUGGCAGGCUUCGUCACAGGUUCUCACGGCCGCAGUGAGCUCCAUUUUUCGCAUGAUGAAGAGAAGUACCGGCCGCCGAAUCGCCAAUCCGUGUCGGCACCGAAAAGAUGCAGUGUGUGCGGAGAUGAGAUAGGGUUGGGGGAGAAAGGGGAUGUGUUUGUGGCGUGUCACGCCUGUGGCUUUCCUGUUUGCCGUCCCUGCUACGAGUAUGAACGGAGUGAAGGCACUCAGUGCUGCCCCCACUGCAACACUCGCUAUAAGCGCCACCGAGGUUCUCCUCGAGUUGCUGGAGACGAUGAUGAGAACUUUGAUGCAGAUGAUUUUGAUGAUGAAUUUCAGAUUAAGAACCCUCAUGAACAUGAUAACCCAGAUGGUCAACAUGCUCUCAAUCACUCGGAAAAUGGCGACUUCAAUCAGCAGCAAUGGCGUCCCAAUGGCCAGGCCUUUUCAGUCACUGGGAGUGUUGCUGGCAAGGAUUUCGAAGCUGAGAGGGAGAUGUACAAUAAUGAAGAAUGGAAAGAGAGGGUAGAGAAAUGGAAAGCCAGGCAAGAAAAGAGAGGUUUAGUGAGCAAAGACAAUGGUGGAAAUGAUCAUGGCGACGAAGAUGAUUUUCUUUUGGCUGAAGCACGACAACCACUUUGGAGGAAAGUUCCGAUCCCAUCAAGCAAAAUCAGCCCAUACCGCAUAGUUAUUGUGCUGCGGCUCAUCAUUCUCUGCUUCUUCUUUCGUUUCCGUGUGUUGACUCCAGCAUAUGACGCCUACCCCUUGUGGCUCAUCUCUGUAAUUUGUGAGAUAUGGUUCGCCUUAUCUUGGAUACUCGACCAGUUCCCAAAAUGGUUCCCCAUCACCCGUGAAACUUACCUUGAUCGCUUGUCCAUAAGGUUUGAGCGGGAGGGUGAGCCCAACCGCCUAGCUCCAAUUGAUUUCUUCGUGAGUACCGUUGAUCCUCUCAAAGAACCACCAAUUAUAACUGCAAAUACCGUCCUAUCUAUCCUUUCUGUCGAUUAUCCAGUUGAGAAGGUAAGUUGCUAUGUAUCUGAUGAUGGUGCAUCUAUGCUUCUAUUUGACACACUAUCGGAAACGGCCGAGUUUGCAAGGAGAUGGGUGCCAUUUUGCAAGAAGUAUAGUGUUGAGCCAAGGGCUCCUGAAUUCUACUUCAGCGAAAAGAUAGACUACUUGAAAGACAAGGUGCAACCCACCUUUGUGAAGGAGCGCCGAGCCAUGAAAAGAGAGUAUGAAGAGUUCAAAGUGAGGAUUAAUGCGUUGGUGGCCAAAUUUCAGAAGAAACCAGAAGAAGGGUGGGUCAUGCAGGAUGGAACUCCAUGGCCUGGAAACAACACUCGUGAUCAUCCUGGCAUGAUUCAGGUUCAUCUUGGGAGUGAAGGUGCACUAGAUGUGGAAGGUAAGGAAUUGCCUAGGCUCGUGUAUGUUUCACGUGAGAAACGACCUGGCUAUCAACACCAUAAGAAAGCUGGCGCAAUGAAUGCUUUGGUUCGAGUCUCUGCAGUGCUUACAAAUGCACCCUUCAUGUUGAAUCUGGAUUGUGAUCACUACAUCAAUAAUAGCAAGGCUGCAAGAGAAGCUAUGUGCUUUUUAAUGGAUCCUCAGCUUGGGAAAAAGCUUUGCUACGUACAGUUCCCACAGAGGUUUGAUGGUAUUGAUCGCCAUGAUAGAUAUGCUAACCGCAAUAUUGUGUUCUUUGAUAUCAACAUGAAGGGCUUAGAUGGUAUCCAAGGACCUGUAUAUGUUGGUACUGGAUGUGUCUUCAACCGGCAGGCAUUGUACGGCUAUGAUCCACCAGCGUCUGAGAAGCGACCGAAGAUGACAUGUGAUUGUUGGCCUUCAUGGUGCUGUUGCUGCUGCGGUGGUUCGAGAAAGUCAAAAUUGAAAUCCAAGAAGAAAGGGGAGAGGAGUUUGCUUGGAGGACUAUACAGCAAUAACAAAAAAAUGAUGGGGAAAAACUACUCGAGGAAAAAGUCUGGACCAGUUUUUGAUCUUGAAGAGAUUGAAGAAGGACUUGAAGGCUAUGAUGAGCUGGAAAAAUCAUCGCUCAUGUCACAAAAGAACUUUGAGAAACGAUUUGGGCAGUCGCCUGUCUUCAUUGCUUCCACUCUUAUGGAAGAAGGUGGCCUUCCUGAAGGGACAAAUUCCCAAUCUCUUAUUAAGGAAGCUAUUCAUGUUAUCAGUUGUGGAUAUGAAGAAAAGACCGAAUGGGGUAAAGAGAUUGGAUGGAUUUAUGGUUCGGUUACAGAAGACAUUCUGACCGGCUUCAAGAUGCAUUGUAGGGGAUGGAAGUCAGUGUACUGCAUACCAAAGAGACCUGCUUUUAAGGGUUCAGCACCAAUAAAUUUAUCUGAUCGGUUGCACCAAGUUCUUAGAUGGGCUCUUGGCUCCGUUGAAAUCUUCCUUAGCCGUCACUGCCCACUGUGGUAUGGUUAUGGAGGAAAGCUGAAAUGGCUAGAGAGGCUUGCUUACACUAAUACCAUUGUUUACCCAUUUACUUCCAUUCCUUUACUUGCCUACUGCACUAUUCCAGCGGUCUGUCUCCUCACUGGGAAAUUUAUCAUUCCUACUCUGAAUAAUCUUGCAAGCAUAUGGUUCCUUGCUCUUUUCCUUUCCAUCAUAGCAACAGCUGUGCUUGAGCUCCGAUGGAGUGGCGUCAGCAUUGAGGACUUGUGGCGCAAUGAGCAAUUCUGGGUGAUUGGUGGUGUGUCGGCGCACCUUUUUGCUGUAUUCCAAGGCCUCCUCAAGGUUCUUGCUGGAGUUGACACCAACUUUACUGUAACAGCUAAAGCAGCGGAUGAUGCAGAGUUUGGUGAGCUUUACCUCUUCAAAUGGACUACACUUCUCAUCCCACCAACGACUUUAAUUAUCCUGAAUAUGGUUGGUGUUGUGGCUGGAAUUUCUGAUGCCAUUAACAAUGGCUACGGGUCAUGGGGUCCUUUGUUUGGGAAGCUAUUUUUUGCCUUUUGGGUCAUUGUUCAUCUCUAUCCAUUCCUCAAGGGAUUGAUGGGAAGGCAAAACAGGACUCCCACCAUUGUAGUCCUUUGGUCAGUUCUGCUAGCAUCCAUCUUCUCACUGAUUUGGGUUCGAAUUGAUCCUUUCUUGCCUAAGCAAACUGGCCCAAUUCUCAAGCAAUGUGGGGUGGAGUGCUAGUCAUGUUUUUAGGGUCCUCAGCUUCGCCUUUGCAAUAUUCCCUUGUUUUGUUUCCACUACUUUCUGCACAGUUGUUCACUGGUAUGUUUCAUAAACUCUGAAGGAGGGUGUAUAGUUUUGAGGGUAGAUUUUGUGGAGUAAUAUCUGAAGUUGAGCUGUUUGUUUUUGUACACAUAAAUGACUGUCAAGGAAACAAAUACAUAUACUGCGCUGUUUGUUUAGUCUCAA